AUGGCUGAUGGUUGGACAGAUAAUUCACAUAGGUUGCUGAUUAAUUUUCUAAUGUACUGUCCUAAAAGAGUGUGUUUUGUGAAAUCAGUGGAUGCUUCAGAUCUUGUAAAGGAUGAUGCAACAUUGUUCAGCUUGUUUGAGGAAAUGGCUUUAUGGGUUAGACCAAACAAUAUUAUCCAUCUUGUCACUGACAAUGGAGCAAAUUAUAAAGUUGUUGGAAGAAUGUUGUCUGAAAAACAUAGCAGUAUUACUUGGUCUCCUUGUGCAGCACAUUGCAUUAAUUUGAUGUUGAAAGACAUAGCUGAGAUGAGUCAUAUAGUCAACCUUUCGACACGUGCAUCUGGGGGUUGGACAAAAAUUAUAUGCCCAGGUGCAACCCAUUUUGCCACAACUUUCAUUGCAUUGAGCAGCCUACAUCAGCACAAACAUGACUUGCAAUCUACAGUGACAGAUAGAACUUUUGUGGAGUCUCAAUAUGCAAAAACUAAUAAAGGCAAAGCCUUUAUUUCCAUAAUUCUAGAGAACAGGUUCUGGGAUGACAUUGGUAUAAUUUCCAAAGUUGUGAGUCCAUUGAUGCGUAUGCUCCGGAUUGUAGACUCAGAUGAGAGGCCUUCAAUAGGACAUGUGUAUGAUGACAUGUACAGAACGAGGAUGGGAAUCAAUAAGUAG